AUGGGUACCUCUGAUAGCCGAAAGACUGUGGCGAAUUGUCCGGUAUACAGCAGAGAGACGACGUUAACUACCGGUCCACAACAAGCCAUUGUUGACACCGGCAGUUCCCUUAUUACUGCUCCAAUGAGUGUUGUACAACAGAUGAACCAGACAUGUACACUCGGUUUCUUGGGACUCGAUCUUCCGCCUCCCAUUGGUAUGUCCCUCAUGAUUAAAUACUACGCCAUGUUUGAAUAA